GUGAGAGUCAGUCUCUGCAUGAAAGUGGUUGGAGCCAGAGGAGCUAACACGCUGUUUUUUUACACUGCCUGAACACUUGGUUUUGCUGAUGGACUACAAUGCAGACACAGCCAGACCUCUCUCUCUCUUUCUCUCUCUCUGAAAGCCAGUUGGAGUUAUCACUAGCACAGUUAUAAGAGCUGAAGUUUUACUUUUUGCUCUUUAGCCACUUUGUGUCAAUAAGAAGAAACAAACCCACAGUUCUGGAACCUUUUAUUAUAAUUCUUUUAUUUCCUUGUGCCGGUUGAUGCUUUUUUUGGGAAAGAUUCUUUGGAAAAGGAUUGCAAUCAUACAGAUAUACAUUCAUUCAAAUUGGAAACUAUACAGAAGGUGGCUCAAGAAGACCGCAUAGGCAUCAAUCUAUGUAGCAAAUCUCGUGUUAACCCCAAUGGGACUCAGUGGAAGCCCAGGAUGUCAGAAGAAAAACAUCUAUUUUAUACAACUGGUAUGGUUUGCAGAGAUGAACCAGGCAAGUACAGACUUGCAUUUGUAAUCAGCACUCACUGAAAGAACGAUAAGAGUGGCACAGAGUCCCUCCAAUCAGCCGGCUGUGCAUGUACUCAGUGCUGGAGAGUUACUAUGCAGUUUGGACUAUUUACUGUGCUUGUCUUGGUCUUGAUGGAUAUUUCAGACAGCAGCAAGCUUGUGAAGGGGAGGAGACACAGGAGAAGAAGCACAGAGGUGAGCCUGGGCUGUGCCAAAGGUUGUGAAGCAUGUUCAGAGGUGAAUGGAUGUAUUAAGUGCUUACCAAGGCUUUUUAUACUUUUGGAAAGGAAUGAUAUUCGACAGAUUGGAGUCUGCUUGCAGUCCUGUCCCCCAGGAUUUUAUGGUGAUCGUAGUCGCGAAAUAAACAAGUGUACAAAAUGUAGAGUGACAAACUGUGAGAACUGUUUCAGCAGGAACUUUUGCACAAAGUGUAAUGAUGGCUUCUACUUACAUAAAGGAGUUUGUUACUCCACUUGUCCAGAGGGAUUUAUUGCAGCAAAUGGUACCAUGGAAUGCAGCUCCGAACAAUGUGAAAUGAGCGAGUGGGGAUCUUGGAGUCAUUGCUCUCGUCCAGCAAAACAGUGCUGGAAAAAAAAAGGAACACAAGUGAGAAGUCGGAAAGUUCUAAAAGCACCACUGGGGGAAGCAUCCCUUUGCCCUAUCAAUAAAGAAAGGAGGAAAUGCACAGUGCUCCAAACCCCCUGUCCAAAAGUAGCUACAGGAAAACCCAAGAAGGAAAACCAAGGAAAAGAAAAAAAGAACAGAAAUCGCAACAAGGAGGAAAGUGGAAACAAAAAAAGGAAAAACCAACAGCGAGUAACUUCCAUACCCAUCACUCCUUCUCUCCCAGCAAAGUAGCUCUAUGAACCACCACAACAAGAGAUUAAUGCUGCUAUGUAUGUAAGAUGCUUGCUCGAACUGGAGCACUGCUACAACUUAAGCACCUACACAAUUGGCAAAUGCAAAACUCCUAGAUAUAAAAAAAUGAGUUAAUACUGCAGUUAAGAUGAGACUAUUUUAUAUAGUACUUCUAAUGCAGUGAAGCCAUGGUGAAUGAAGGAGAUAAGAAGAAAGAAACUGAACAGAAGAAAAAUAAAUAAUAGUGAGUGACUUCAAUGGCCAUCCCUCCUUUUAUUCCAGCCAAGUAACUGGCACAUUAGGAAAAGCCACAACAAGAGAUUAAUGCUGCUAUGUAUGUAAGAUGCUUUUGAACUGGAGCACUGCUACAACUUAAACACCUACACAAUCAGUGAAUGCAAAACUCCUUUUGGUAAAAGAAAAGUUAAUAAUGUCAUGAAGUUUGAACUUUCUUGCAUAAGACUUCUAAUGUAGUGAAGCCAUGGAAAACAAAGGCACUUCAUGAACAAUAAAGAAUAAGCAUGGUAUUGUAGUUAUACCUAGCGUGGACACUUUUGAGGUGAUGCUGAGCAUAUUUCAACUUCAGUAGAAGUUACAAAGGCUGGAAACGUUUUUUAGGAAUGCUAACGAAAUGUGGGUUUUCGUUUCGCCUAGAGAACUCUUAUUGUCCCCCUCUUCCUCUAAGUCUGUGUUUUCAGAUGUAUGUAUGACUUAAUCUUUGGAGAGUAUAUGUUCAAUUUUUGUGAAAACAUGUUGGUGUCAUCACCAUAAAACUACUUAAAAAAAACUAUUUUAAAAUGUAAGAAAAUGAAGAAGCUUAUAAAGGAGGGCAAUAAAAUGAUUUAUCACUGACAACAGGAGAGUUAUAAUGAA